CUGCACAAGAGAUUUCUGGGUCAGGAUGAACAAACACUUCUUGUUCCUUUUCCUCCUUUGCUGCCUCAUUGUGGCAGUGACAUCACUUCGGUGCAUAACAUGCCACCUUCGCACACGGACAGACCGCUGUAGAAGAGGCUUUGGUGUCUGUACUGCUCAGAAGGACGAGGCAUGCAUGCUCUUAAGGAUCUACCAGCGCAAUACUCUCCAGAUAUCAUACAUGGUGUGUCAGAAAUUCUGCAGAGACAUGACAUUUGAUCUCAGGAAUCGGACUUAUGUUCAUACAUGCUGCAACUACAAUUACUGUAACUUCGAACUCUAAGAUAUUUGCCCUCCUGAGGUCUCACUUUGGAAUGUCCCCAAUGUUGCUCAUCCUUCACACUCUGCUGGCCCUUGCUUUCCUUCUGUGUCUGUCCUGACAAUACCCCUGCCCUCUCGUUAACCUAAGAAGACUAAACUAGUGUCAUCCUUUCUGGUGUCUUCAGCUUGGCUUCUCCCUCAGUCAGAGAAUAGUGGUUCUGAACAAUGAAUUUCUUCUAUUAUUGGGAUUAUUGGCAUUGCCAUAUUCCAAGAAACCUGCCCCAAGAUUUCCUGUACAGUAAAAUUUAAAGCAAGAACAUUCUAGAAUCUGAAUUUGCUUAACUAGUUCAGGUAUACUAGAAAGCCUUCAGCUAAAAAUUCACAAUAUUUUUAUCUAAAAUUCCCAUGUAUCAGGAGAAUGAUUAAGCAGAAAUAGCAAUAAAAUGGAUUAUGGAUACUGAAGAUUUUUCUCUACGGACACCAAGUUAUUUCUACCAGCAGGCAGUGCCCACUUCAAACUCAACCAUUGUGAUUUUCUUGGCAUUUACAAACUACAUCCUUACACUGUUAUUUGGAGAUAGCAAAUAAGGGACUUCCCGGCCUCUGUGACAUUCACCAAGCUCUCACACAGCCACUACUACUCCUGUCGAGAUGUACAUUCAAGGUACAUGAGAACUCUCCUUUCUUCCCCUUCCUUUCCUAAACCUUCUCUCUUCCUUUCCCCCUUUGCCAUUCACCUUUACUAUCACCUCCCACCUCCAUUAUCACCUCCCCAUUGCCACACAAACUCUCCUUGUAGAGGCAGGAGGUCCUUUGAAGCUUUGCCCCAUGUGUCAGAUGUCACCUGAGGCAUAUAACCUAGGGUGGGCUGUCUUUCAGGAUCCCUCAGCAAAGGGAAGCUAACAUAGUCAAGAUACCAUCUCCCCUGUACAGCUUUCUUGAGACUUGGGGGCCUGGCUCAAAGAGAUUUGUCUGUCGCUUGCUGCCCAUCUUUAAGUAAUAAACCGACUUCACAUAACUUGUUUUGUGUCGGUGUGUUCUGUCUCACUGAACUCAGACAAAUAGGUAACUAAAGCAUGAUGGACCUAAAUAGUAGCCCAAGAUAUAGUGGGACUCCUGUUUCUGGUGAUAGGCAGAGUGCUGAUUCCUGUUAUUCUCCAGGAAAUGGGAGUCCUUGCUUGGGAUUGGUAAUUAGCAUUGCACUUCUAUAUUCAUGAAAUAAUUGUGACUGUUCUGGAACUUAUUAUAAAUGAAAUCACACAGAAACUAUUCACUUAAACCUGGUUUCUUUUACUCACCAUAAUACUGUUUUAAUUUUUAAAUUUUUAAUUUUUGUAGGUACAUAGUUGGUGUACGUAUUUAUAGGGUACAUGAGAUAUUCUGACAAAGGCAUGCAAAGCACAAUAAUCACAUCAUGGAGAAUGUCAUUUAUCCUUUGUGUUACAAACAAUUUAAUUAUAUUCUUUUUUUUUUUUCUUUGAGAUGGGCGGAGUCUGUCUCUAUCGCCAAGGCUGGAGUGCAGUGGCAUGAUCUGGGCUCACUGCAAGCUCCACCUCCCGGGUUCACACCAUUCUUCUGCCUUAGCCUCCCCAGUAGCUGGGACUACAGGUGCCCGCCAUCACGUCUGGCUAAUUUUUCUAUUUUCAGUAGAGACAGGGUUUCACCGUGUUAGCCAGGAUGGUCUCGAUCUCCUGACCUUGUGAUCCGCCCGCCUCGUCCUCCCAAAGUGCUGGGAUUACAGGCGUGAGCCACCGCACCCGGCCAAUUAUAUUCUUUUAGUUAUUUUUAAAUGCACAAUUAAGUUAUUAUUAACUAUAGUUGCCUAUUGUGCUAUCAAAUACUAAAUAUCAUUCAUUCUUUCUAUUUUUUUUACCCAAUAACCAUCACGACCUCCCCUCCAGCCCCCCACUAUCAUUCCAAACCUCUAGUAACCAUCCUUCUAAUCUCUAUGUUCAUGAUGAAUUCAAUUGUUUUGAUUUUUAGAUCCCACAAAUAAGUGAGAACAUGUGAUGUUUGUCUUUCUGUGCCUGACUUAUUUGACUUAACAUAAUGACCUCCAGUUCCAUUCAUUGUUGUCAUU